AAGCCUGGCUUGAUUUUCUUGUUCAGGUGGUUUAACGACAACCUGUGGAAUCUGAGUCAAAUUUCAGGUUUUGUCUGCCUUAGGGAAAAAGCACACAAACACACAUAUAGCCAGAAUGCAAAGAAAUGGUUCUUACUGAAGUGAGGGCUGGCUGUAGUGUCUGGAUAUCCUAAUGGCUAUUGAAGAUGGAGAUGCAGAAACUGAGGAGUCUAUAAUGGGACAUUCUUAAAAACAGAACAGGCACACAUACCCCACCACCCAUAAAGGAAUACUGUGAUCUUCCAAAGUAUCUGCUGGAGUUAUUCAGAAUUUCUAGAGGUGUGACAAAACAAGCAUCAUCAUCAUCAUCAAUGGAGUCUGAUUCUGAAAGCACAUCAACCCUCUCCAGAACUAGUAACACCAGCGAUGAUGACACUGAACUUAAAAUUUGUACCGUAUGUGGAGAUAAAGCCACAGGAUAUCACUUUCAUGCUAUGACCUGUGAGGGAUGUAAAGGAUUUUUCCGGAGAACAGUGAAGAAAGGUUAUCAGUUUACAUGUCCUUUUACCCGUAUGUGUAGUAUCACAAAAAACAACCGACGACAGUGCCAGGCCUGUCGAUUUCAGAAAUGUCUGAAUAGUGGCAUGCGGACUGAAUUGAUUAUGUCAGAGGAAGCUGUGGCUGUGCGUAGGGCAAGGAUCAAACGAAGGCAAGAGCACAACGAUCGGCGAGCCCUGGAGAUCAACAAUCUCACUCCACAGCAGGAACUGCUGACUAAAUGCUUGGUCAAUGCCCACCAGCGCUGUUUCAUCUCAAACUACCCAAAUGUUGCCAUAAGAAGGGACAUGAAACAAACUACAGAGACUUUGUUCGGCCUCAGCAGUAAUUCAGGCCUUUCGUCUACUUCUCAUGUCUGUAUUACAGAUAAGACAUGGGCAACAGACAGCAGAAGACAUCAGUCAUUAUCAUCAUUUUUGAUGUCUCAGUUAGUUGAAAUAAGCACCAGCUUCACCCAUGAGGUAAUCAAUUUCGCAAAGGAGAUCCCAUCGUUUAGGUCACUUCCCAUAGAAGAUCAAAUCACACUGCUGAAGGCGUCAAGCUUUGAGGUGUGUCUCAUAAUCUCCGUUGCAAAAUUUAAUGUCCAUACCUGCAUGUGGGACCAUGACAAUGAUCAUUUUGGCCCAAAGGAUAUAGCCGAUGCGGGAUUUCAGCAAUGGUUCAUUGAGCCUGUUGUUACAUUCAACAAGAAUCUAAGGAGCCUGGAAUUACACACAACGGAAUACGCUUUGAUGGCAGCUCUCUCCAUUUUUUCACCAGAUCGACCAGGGCUGAUACAGAAGGAUACAGUUAACAGUGUACAGGAAGACCUGGCUGCUAUUCUCAAGACAUACAUGAAUCAAAACCGUCCAAUUAAAGAAAGCAGGGUACUUUUUCCCAAACUGCUGUCAUUCCUCACAGAUCUCCGAACUUUAAGUGAAAUUCACAGCAAACAGAUUCUAUUAAUCCAAGACGAAGUCUGGUCACCACUUCUGAAGGAGAUCUUCAGUUAGUGUUCCAAGCAUGUCAGUCCUGAUGUUCUCACCCUGUACUCCCUAUGUUUCCAAACAUCAGGGACGUCAAUCAUAGUGAAAGACUGACAAAGGUUAAAAGAGAUGUAUGUCUAGAAAUUAUGCCAACAGUGUUGUCUCCAUCUGACUUUUCUUACACCUGCUCUGUCAUAUCAAUUUUCUCAGUAUUACUCACAGGACACCUGGACUGACUUUGUAUAAAGACUGUAAUAAGACUAUAACUGAGAAAAAUAAAAAUCGCUCCUCUCAGUAUGUCCCAAUAGAUUUUUAGAUGGAUGGUUUAUAAUGUAAUGGUCCUUCAAGUGCAUUUGUUCUGACUACACUGGAGAGCUUAUACAAAGAACAGACAGCGAAGAAAACCUUGUCUAGGAAUGGGUUAAAACAGAGUAAUACUUUGUUGUGAACUGUUUUUCUAAUUACAUUCAGAGUGCACAUUUGCUGACUACUGCUGCUGUUACAGUAACUGCUCCAUAUGCAUACUAAGGCAUUUAAUGGGAAUCGCUCUCAAACGUCAGCAAAUGCCAUCAAAUAAAGACUGCAGUGAAGAACCUGCUAUUCCUAACGCAUAUCGAGUCUUCAAAGAGUAUGCAUUUUCACAUCUUUUGAAUAUUGUUACAUUCUGCAUCCAAAGACAGAUGUGGUAAUCUGUGAUUAUAAUGACUAGGGAGCCCUAACUUUGGCCUAUUAGCAACAGGAAUAUUGUUUUGGUAUAGGCUUGAUUUGUUGCUGUUUACUUAUGAAGAAACAUUGACUACACAGACAUCAUUGCAAAAUAUUACCUGGAGUGCGUUCUGCAACCUAAAUCUGUUAAAGUCACAGAGACAGGGUGUUUUUCAUCUGACUGGGUACAGGAGUGCACUUACUAUUUUCAAUUAUCAACAGUUUAUGCUUACGUGUGCUGCUUUCUAUAUUUUCACUUACUUUUUUUGCAUGUGUCAUGUUGACUUCCUGUUAAGCCGUCUCUACAUGCUGAUUUUAUCAACUGACAUUGACGAUGAAGUCUUAGCCAUGAAGCACAAUCCUGUAAUUAACCCACAGGCUCAGCAUUGAAGUAGUAAAAAAGUAUAGGUGAAUGACCAGAGGUCAGGUAUCCUAGUUCUGGCGAAAAAGGGGUUCUUUUCUUCAGGAUGCCACCUGCCAGAGAGCAGAAGGCUAGCUGUGGGUUGAUGCACAUAUGAGCUUGACCGAGCUUUGUGGUGACUGGACAUCUAGAUGGCAAAAUUAAUGGCAUGCAAAACACAAUUAGUGUUGGGUUGUAUGCAAAUAUGCAAGCUACACAACACAAGUUGCUCAUGAAAAUAACACAACUAGUGUUUUAUAGUUUGUACAUUUACAUACAAGACCAGUCUACAAGCAGUUUAGGUUAUAUAAAUUAGGCUAUAUAAAAAACAAAUCCAGGUAUGCAGCUAUACACUAAAGGUUAGCAAAACAUAUCCCCCCACAAAGAAAGGGGUACCCUCACAUUGAGUGAUGACACAGGUGCUAAUGCAUAAACAGAAAGUAGCAAAAAGCAUCAAAUGCCUCUUUCAAAGAUUCUAUAUAUUACUCAAGCCUGCAGAAUAAAAAAUAAAAUCAUGGCUGGGAAAAUCUUUAUAACCCGAGUUUCAUUCUCAUUAGGACUGUUUUGAUGAGAAAAUGGUGCAAGGAGCCUAGAACAUUGCUGACAAGGAACUUUAGGAUGUAAGGGCAUAAAAAGCUUUCAGUCUGUGUCCUUGAGAUAUUUAACUAGUCUGUCAGCUUUUCAGAUGCAAUAUAGUUUGAGAAAACUCACUAGCUACUUUGCAUAGUUUUCAUCUAAUUAUAUUAAGAUAUUCAGUGUUCAUGAAUGUCACAGUAAAACUGCUAUAUGAAUGGCAUCCACAGUUUCAUAAAUAGAAAUCUAGUUUGACAAACCCUUUACAGUAACACUUCACACACUUUGUCUGAAUAGUGAUGAUAUUUUAGGGGAGUUUUUUUUCAUAUGCAGGUACAUACAAAUACACACACACACACACACACACACACACACACA